CUAUAAAGUUUCACCACCACGACUGGUUUCACCAAUACUCAGUACUUUAAACUAACUAUUAUGCUACCUUCUCUGAACUCCGUCGCCGUCGCCGCCGUACCUUUCUUCAUCUUCUUCUAUUUCCUUAAAAGGUUCCUUCCUUUCGGUCGAAAAAUGGGAUCCAACACCCUCCCAACUGUCCCUGAGGUGCCAGGGCUGCCAAUCAUCGGAAACUUGCUGCAGUUGAAAGAGAAGAAGCCUCACAAGACGUUUACGAAAUGGGCAGAGACACAUGGACCGGUUUAUUCUAUCAGAACUGGAGCUUCGACCGUUAUCGUCAUCAAUUCGCCAGAGACGGCCAAAGAGGCCAUGGUGACCAGAUUUUCAUCCAUUUCAACAAGAAAGCUAUCAAAUGCCUUGAAGAUCCUCACAUUCGAUAAAUGUAUGGUCGCGACAAGCGACUACGACGAGUUUCACAAGCUCGCUAAACGUUGUUUACUAACAAAUACUUUGGGUUCAAACGCUCAGAGACGACACCGUCACCACCGAGAAACCAUGAUCGAGAACAUAUCGAGCAAAUUGCACGAUACGUUGAAGAAAGACCCUAUAAGACCUAUCAACUUCAGGGAAGUAUUUGAGUCCGAACUUUUCGGAUUAGCAAUGAAACAAGCUUUAGGUAAAGAUGUGGAAUCGAUUUACGUUGAGGAGAUCGGUACGUUGUCGAGGAAAGAGAUGCAUAAAGUUUUGGUCAUGGACAUGAUGGAAGGCGCUAUCGAUGUAGAUUGGCGUGAUUUCUUCCCAUACUUGAGAUGGAUUCCGAACAAAAGUUUCGAAUUGAAUAUCCAACGAAAACAUCUCCGAAGGAUGGCAUUAAUGAAUGCUUUGAUCAAAGACCAAAUGAAACGAAUCGAUGCAGGGGAGGAAGUGAAUUGUUACCUCGAUUACUUGUUAUCCGAAGCAAAGACACUUACAAUGGACCAAUUAGCGAUGUUGUUGUGGGAGACAAUCAUCGAAACAGCGGAUACGACUUUAGUCACAACAGAAUGGGCAAUGUAUCAACUUGCAAAAGAUACGAUCCGACAGGACCGUCUUUAUCACGAACUCCAAAAAGUAUGCGGUUCCAACAAGGUUAAGGAAGAAAACUUCUCACAAAUCCGAUACUUGGACGCCGUUUUUCAUGAAACUCUUCGGAAACAUAGUCCGGCGCCGUUAGUUCCGUUACGAUACGUGCACGAAGACACACAAAUUGGAGGGCAUCAUAUACCAGCAGGAAGUGAGAUUGCUGUUAACAUCUAUGGUUGUAACAUGGACAAGAACUAUUGGGAAAACCCCGAAGAAUGGAACCCGGAAAGGUUCCUCGACGAGAAAUACGACCCAUUGGAUUUGCAAAAGACAAUGGCGUUCGGAGCCGGGAAAAGGGCGUGUGCCGGUUCACUUCAAGCAAUGUUGUUAGCUUGUGGUGCAAUAGGUAGAUUGGUGCAGGAAUUCGAGUGGCAACUGAAAGACGGCGAAGAGGAGAAAGUCGACACUGUCGGUCUUACCUCACAGAAACUGCAUCCAUUGCUUGCUGUCUUGAAACCAAGAAACUAGAAACUAUGAAUGUUAGAUCUCUUACAGGCUUUGAACAUUGCAGUGGAACAAUUAGAUCUUGAGCUAUAUAUAUACAAAUAAAUAUGAAAGUCUAUACAGGUUUGCUUUGAUGCA